AGCUAGUCUUGUUGCUGUUAUAAGUCAUGUUGCCUCCAUACUGACAAUAUUGCUUUUCUUUGCUGUUUGAUACUAUCAACUGAUUCAUUAUUUUGUAUUGUUAAUAUGAUUAUUUUAUCCUUGUUAUAUUUUUGUGGACAUAUCAAGAAGAUUUAAAAUAUCUACUGUCAAGAAAAGAAGAGCUUGUAGCUGUUGUCGGCCACCCCCCCCUUCAAACCACACCAAGCUUCAUAAACGGAGCAUACUAACGGGAAAAGGAGAGGGAGGCAGUGAAAGGAGAGCACCGUAAGGACUGAACAGAGAGGAUUCUCGGCAAAGAAAACUCCUUGCAAGUCAAAAUGACCCUAACGGAACAGCUGGAUUUCAGCAAGUGAUCCAGACCCACCUGGAAGAGAACGGACAGAUCCAGAAAGCCUUGCUGAGCGCCGAUUCGGAAAUGAACGGCAAAGCGGGUGGCAGGGGGCACAUGAGCAAAGCCAACGAAGCAAACAGCAAUGCCAACAAUCUCAGCAUGGUUUCUGAGAUGCCUCCGGAUGGCCAGAACCACACACGGGGUAUGCGCACGCCUAAGAGAGCAGCCACGUUUGGGAAGCGUUCCAACUCCAUGCGGCGCAACCCCAAUGCUGAGGUGAGCCGGCAGGGCUGGCUCCACAAACAGGCAAGCAGUGGUGUGAAACAGUGGAACAAGCGCUGGUUCGUGUUGACAGAUAAAUGCCUCUUCUAUUACAAAGACGAGAAGGAAGACGGGGUUUUGGGCAGCCUUCCUCUCCUCAGUUUCAAGAUUGGACCAGUCCUUCCAUCGGACAACAUCAGCCGCAAGUUUGCCUUUAAGGUGUGGUGUAAACAAGAGGAGGAGGAGGAGGAAGAGGAGAGUGAGGAUUUAAAGGGCAGUAUUGCAUUCUGUUUGCAGGUGGAACACGCAGGCACUCGUACGUACUACUUCAGUGCAGAUAGCCAGAAAGAGCAGGAGGAGUGGAUCCAAACCAUGAGUGAAGCUGCCAGGGUCCACGUUCCAGACGCACCUAGAAAUCAAUCUGAGGCCAUCCGUGCACCAGACCAAACCGACAUGGUAGCCAAAAGACUCGAACCCAACUCUCACACAGAGAACAACGGGCAGAGACCAAACCCCCACGAGCCUGUCAAACAUGAGCUCAACGGAGGAGAGACCAGAGACACAACACCCAGCACCCCAGUGACCCCAGUUACCCCUGUUAUAGAGGGCAGGAUGGGGGAGAAAGGGGGACUUGCACCCCAUCACCCCAAUGGAUGGGGUAACUAUGGUCCUCCCAACGGUUCACGAUACCAGUCCCAGGAGAACAUGAGAGACAUACGGGAGACUCAGGAGAAUGUGGUGUUGCGGAGGGGCUUUGUGCCCAGGACGGCACCAGAGAGAGCUGCCCAGAGGAAGAGCUCCAUGACUCAGCUGCAGCAGUGGGUGAACCAGCGCAGAGCCAUGGUACCUCAGGAUGACCUGCGCAGUCCAUCCAGGUACUACACAGUAAAUCGCGGUAUGUCACCGGAAUUGUAUGGCAUAUACGGCGGGCCUCCGUAUGUGGAGGAAUAUCCGCUCUACCCACCCGGUGUCCGACCUGAGAGCAUAUGCUCGAUGUCGGCUGCAUACGACCGUCCGUCCCCUCGCUGGACUGUGGAGGAUAGAAGGCGGUCAUUGCGAGACGGACCCCUGUAUGGCCAACCUCGAGACCCUCAGUGGAUGACGGGACCCCAUGGCCCUCAUCCUGGCUAUUAUCCCCAGCUGGACUCAGCUCAGAACUCUAUGAGACGGCUUUCCAUACAGCCACGGUCACGGUCGGUUCCCCGCUCGCCUUCCUCUUCAUCAGGAGGACCAUAUUCUCCACACAGCUUCGCCUCACCUGCCCGAUCAUCCAGCGCCAGGUUUGAUCGGGGGCCUAGCCGACUCAGAGAAGAGGGUAUAUACGCUGAUCCCUCAGUCUACGGCCUGCGCCGGUCACUCAGCUCACCCAAGUAUGAUUUCCCUGGAGAUCGCCGCUCCUACAGUCAAGGAAUGUACCAUUAUAACUACCCAGCAUCCCCCUCUCUCCAUAGUAAAAUGGAGGACAUAUUAGACCUGCAGCUUCAGAGGAACCUGGAGUAUCUAGAUCAGCAGGUGCCUCCUUUCCAUGAUAUAUACAGUGACCUACAUCCCACACUAAAGCAAAAUGAGAUAGAGACCAGUAAACUGCUGGGUCGUCUGUGUGAGCAUAAUCGACUCCUGAAAGAGCAAGAGGCUAUAGUUCAUCAUUUGCGAAUGGAAAAGGACAGCCUAGAGGGGGUGCUGGUAGCCACACAUCAAGAGAUGGAGCUGUACAGAAACCAGCCGUUGGCCAUGGAGAAGCUUCAGAUGAAAAAAGAAAGUCUACAAAACAAGCUGAUCAAUAUCAGGGGAGAGCUGUCACAGGCUUCAAGUAAUCUGACCACCACCCGAAUGGAGUUCGAGUCUUUGGAGGACGAGGUGAACUCAAUCCAUGGUGACCUGUGGGAGCAGCUGAACGCUGGAGGGCAGAGUGAGCUUGUACACAGGCACAUUCAGAAGGAGUUUUGGAGGGUUCAGGAUGUUUUGGAGGCACUGCACAAGAACAACCUGUCCCGUGGCACGGACACUGCCAAGCACAGAGUAGCCAGUGGAGCAUCUGGCUCAUUCAGCACAAGUAGUCCUGCAAGCCCUUUGAGUUCAGUUAGUCUAACAAGUCCUCUCAGCCCCUUCUCUCCUGUUCCUGGCUCUCAGGCCUCACCUACUAAACAGCAAGCCACAGAGGAGGUUGGCCCUCCGCGACCUCCACUUCCUAAAUCUUACCGACCCUUGGAGUCCUCCCAGUCCUUCCCCCCCUCCAUCCCUCCCCUGCCCUUAGACAGCAAUGCCUGGCUGCGGAGCAUGGGUCCCCAUUCAGCCAUCCACCAGGAAGUCUACAAGGAUGACGCAGAAUUCCACAGCAGAAAGCACAACUACAUCUCGCAGGGAGAAAAGACCAAUGACUUUGAAACCGAGCAGGACAGGCAAUCCAACCAGAAUAAAGUUGGAAUCAUUCCUCCCAGGACCAAGUCGCCUUCAGAAGACAAGAGUAAUACUGAUGGUGUCCAACGGAGAAAUGGGAAAGUGUCCAACGGUCACAUUUCAAGGGAGAGGCCAAAGAGUGCUGUGUUCCCCGCAGAGGCGAAGUCUAAAAUGAGCGUGCAGGAACAGAAUGAGAGGAUACGAAGGAACCAGAGCAGUUCUGUAAGAGACAAAAGGCGCAGCCUCAACCUUUCCAGCAGUCAGCACAUUGACGGAUUAAAAACCUCCACCAACUACAGAGUGCAGGUCCGGAGGAGAGUGACGGCAGAUGAGGUGGAUAUUAAGGGUCUGGAGGCAGCAGUGAGGGGAGAAGGCGUGGAAUCACCCAGGCAGGAAAUCGCACGCUUGCGACGACAGGUGGAGCCUGAACACUAUGACAUGGACAUCAGCAGAGAGUUGUCCACCCCAGAUAAAGUUCUGAUCCCUGAGCGAUAUUUAGAUGUUGAUCCCAGUACACCACUCAGCCCUGAAGAGAUGCGGGAAAAACAAAAGAAAGUGGAGAGAAUCAAGACACUCAUUGCCAAAUCAAACAUGCAGAACUUGGUGCCGGUUUUGGAUGGACCAGUGGAGGGACCCAGUAACCCAGAGCAGCAGCUUCAUGAGCAGGAGAAGCGGAUUGAGAUUUCCUGUGCGCUGGCCGCUGAGGCCUCACGCCGUAGCCGCCUGCUCUCCGCCCAGUGCGUCCCCAGUACCCCUGCCUCCCCAACCAGCCUGGUCCCUCCCCCUUCUGCUGACUUCUCUGACACCUCCCACAUCAUGAAGGUGUGAAGCUCAAGCUCUUGCAGCUGUCAAAUUUGAUGGUGAACCCUUCUGAGUGUCUAGCGAAAAGAAAAGACGGGAAAAAAGAAAACCAACAAAACGUGUUUUGCCUCUGCCAAACUUUAUAUUUAUUUUGUUUUACUUACCCAACACCAUGGAGAGAAUUAUUACAGCGUGUUUGGAGUGGAGUCUGUGGAGUGUCUGUUCAUUAUCAAGGUUUUCUGCCUUUCUAUCUCCAUGCGCUUCACGUCCGAGGCCUUUCCGAGGAGUGUAACACAUGGCAGAGCUACAUUCUGUAAUUCAAUUAAUCAACUGUUUUGACUUGGCUUUGGAGGAUGGCAGUUAUAUUACAAAAGCUAAAAAACUAGCCAGGAAGUGGAACUUGUUUACAGAUUCAUAUAUGCUCUUGGUCACAUUACAGUGACUAUAUACAGCAAAUUCAUACUACAAACGCUGGGUACAGCCGCUCAGACACAAGUAUGUUUGGGACAGGAAAAGGUGUGUCCAGAAGACCAAGAAAGACCAAGAUGUGACUGGAGGAAAAUAGUUAUGGGAAAGUAAGUUGUAGUUUUCGACAGGCAGUUGUGAAUCCAGACCAAGGACUACAAGAAUGAUGUCAAGCUCAGUUUUUCUGUAAGUCAUUACUAGAGAGAUUUGGAACUACUGGUAUGGUUAUUAUCUGUAUUCAACACACUGGACACAAUCAACCACUGUGGAUUUAUCUUGGGACGAUAGAUGGAAGCCCAAUGCGAUGUAACUUAGAAAAAUCACGAACUGUAGAUGCAUCCAUCACUUGUCAUGAUCCAAAGGAAUUUGAAGAUGUAGGUGAAGAAGCUCUCGGUAUUGUGCACCUCCGCUCCAUCUCAACAGAGGAGUUCAAGGCCAGGCUCACUGUGACUCCUCCUGGCCUCCUUUCCAACGCUCCUCUGUUUCUAUCUCAUAUAGGGCUUGAAAUCCCUCUUUCUUGCCUGUCAAGUACAACGCAUCAACAUUUCAGUUUAUCAAACCAUUGUAAGGCCUUUAAUUAAAGUGUAUAUCUAGGAAGAAAGAAUAUAUAUGUUGAUAUGACUAUUACUCUAAUCUUUGCAUCAAAGCCAUGUGGACUCAUCAUAGUGCUUUUAAGUUACCAAAUGAUGGUACCUAAAUACUUGUGAGUGUGUGACAGAAUCUUGUAUGGUAGAUUACAGAGAACAGAAACUUGGAAGUGUCCUUAGAUGUGUAAGUCUGCUUGUUGAAACACAAUGUGUGUUGAUGUGGGGCCAGCAACUUGCAUUACAGCCUGUAUAUAUUCUGACAUUAAAUUAUGUGACCUGUUGCCCCAACAGAAUAUACAGUAAAGCCCUUAUUUGUGGAUCAUUGUGCCAUUUGGAGAUUCAUUUGGCUAUGUUGUUCUGCUGUGGUACACUUAUUCUGUGUAAAUAUAGAUAGUACUUGACAUGGAAUUAAAUGGAACAAUAUUUUGGAUUAUUUUUCUAUCACUGGUAAUAAUCAAGCAGCUUGAUUAUAAUGUAUCGUAAAGAACAAUUUGCCAAACCAUAUAAAUCUCCUGUUUUGUACUUUGGCUGAAGUCCUAUUUAGAUAGCAUAAUGUAUCUGUGAUCUUUCCCCAUAUCGAAAUGCCAUGCAAGUUGUUAGCCCAUACUGUGCUUUCUGCUUGUCUUUUCUUAAGUGAACUCAGUUUGUCUUUGCUCUAACUCUUAACUAAUCACUGGCCUCCAUUUGUGUAUAAUAUGCAAUUCUGUGAAAAUUUGAUUGAUAGAACUGUUUUUUCUUUCUCCCCUCAAGAAAAGUCAUACUAUCACAUAUAUUGUUAUUGUGUUGUCCCUGCCAUAUUCCAAAAAAAACCUGAACCAAGCUAUUAACACAGUAAGUGAUCUGAAAGAGAAUGGAAUUCCAGAGAAGCUGAUUACCCAUCAAUACUUCCACUUGGCAAAAACAGCCCUGAAGGCAAAGACAGAGAUAUAUUUUUAUUGUUUUUGAGAAAGAGAAAAACAAGAUCAUCAAGAUGCAUCACAUAUUUUUCUAUGAGCAUGGACCUUUGAUGUAUAAAAUGAGGUUUUGAUUGGCUAAAUUUGUAAAAUGAUUAAGAGUGUUUUGCAUUGGUAUAGGGAAUACCGAUCAGGGCUGAUAUAUUUUUAAUUUAUUAAUUAAAACUCUAAAGCAUCAUUUUGAAGGCCUUGUUUAGAAGUCAUUUUUAAGUGUUAUUUUUAUGUAAUUGGACAAAAUGGUAAAAGUUGUAGUUGAACAGUCAAAACUGAGAUGUCUAAUAUUUGAUAAAACUUGUAGCAUAUUAAGUAAGAUUAACAAAUACAAAAGAAGCACAUUGGUCUGUGUAAAUAUUUUUAAAUAAAAAUUCUGUACAGGUAUGUCUUCAUAUUUACAGUAAUGCUAUUUUAAGAAAAAAAAAACAGAAACUGCUUAAGCUAUGCAAAUCAAACAAAACAAUACUUAAUGUGCUUGCUUUAGAAGUACCCUCAUGCAAUAAAGUGA